GCGCCAUCUUUUGUGUGUUUCGGAUUCAUUUAAUUUAUUGCGUUUUGACGACUUGUGUUUUUAAUUUGUUUCCGUUCGCGCUGUUUCUCCUCCGUAUAAUUUUAGCUUUAAUGUGCGCAUUUAUCUAAGUUUGAUUUAAUUAAAGAUAUUUCAAUAAUUUAAAUACAAAUAAUUAUCAUGUAAACAUCAUUUAAGUAAAUAACUACAUGUAUAUUUUAUCUUGUAAGAAAUAUAUGUACAUGUAUAACACUGCUAGUAUCAAGCCCUUUUGAUUUUUUAAGGAGGCUAACCUAACUAAUUCUAUGUUUAACUUCAACCGUGUACUACUUUUUGUGCUAGGUGAUCAAGAAAGAAAAAAAAGAAGGAAGGGUAGCAUUUUGAAAUUAUUACACAGAUCAAUCUUUAUUCAGCAACAAUGCGUCCAUUGAAACAUUGUGCUUCAUAGAAAUAAAUGUGAUAGUUACAUGAAUUGCUACUUGAUAGAACCUACAAUAGAUAUUAUGACAUGAUAUUUAGUUACAAAUGACAAAUUAAUAUUUCGAUUUUGAAUAAGAUAUUCACAUGCUAAUGUGGUGCUGCAGUAUCGCAGCAUUCUUUUUCAGAUUAUGAAGUUUUUGGAAGCAUGGAGGGUGCUUUAGCAGAUAACAUGAAAGAUCUCCACCUUGACUCGGUGCAUGUAGGGUGCCGACAUAUCAGCGCUCUGCGAGAUCAAGGACUUGAUAUACCAGACACACCUCAGCAACCUUGUGAAUAUUUUACCAGAAGAGAUGUACCGUUGAAAUUUAUAGACGCUUUAAUAUUUGAUUUCUGGGAACAGCAGCUGAAUAUGUUUUUUGGUGUAACAUUACCCAAGUCAACGCGAAGGAAAUGGAACCAAAUUUUGUACGCAAAAACAACCAUGCAUAAGUCAAAAAAUUUCAAAUUCCGUAACAGGUGGCACAGCAGGAGAGAGGCGGUGGAAAUGGCAUAUAUUACUGCUGUGUUAUUGAAGACCGGUUACCAGAGAGUCAGUGGAAUUUUUUUUGUGUGUCGGGAGGAGUAUUACUAUGAUCCACUCCUUGUGAAGGUAACUGAGCAGCAUUCCGCACUGUGGGGUCUAUGGAACUGGGAAGAACAACAUAUAGAGAUGAUUCCACGAAACAUCGACCCAAUGUCCAUAAAAAGCCUCCAAGAAAUAUUCAGAAGAAAUUCCAUUUAUCACAUGGACCAAAUUCACCGUGACCUAUUGACAGAGAAAGAGAAACAAAAGUAUCUGAUGUAGAAUACAUAGUUUUCGAAAUUGGUAAAUGUAUAUGUAAAUACAAAUACAGAAUAUAAAUGUGUAUUUACACAGGUGAUUUUAAUGUGUAUUUCUUUCUGAUGAUACUGCAUAUAUCUAAAAA